AUGACUCCUUUGACCAUCGAGGUUUCUGGAACUUCUACACACUCUCGCCAACCAGACCUAGCCGUCAUGAGAGUGUAUGUGAAGUCUCAAGGACCUUUCGAAAAGAACGUGACAAGUCAAGUUGCAGCCGCUUCAGACAACCUUCACCAUUUUUUUGACCAACUGUCCCGGGACAUCCCUGACGCGAUAGCAUCUUUCUCGUCCACUCAUCUUUGCACCUGGCUCGAUAACCACCAUCGUCAAGAUUCACAGAGAAGGAGAAAUUUAUUUUACGCAAGAUUGUCAUACAAAGUCUGUUUCCACAGGUUCGACCUACUGAGUGAGGUUGUGGAAAUUAUCAAGGCAUAUCCCCGUGUUGAGAUCCACUCAAUAGAGUGGCAGUUGACCGAGGAGUCUGACAAAGCUUUAGCCACUUUGACCCGCAAGAUGGCUAUGCGUGAUGCGAUCUUGAAAGCGACCGAUUUUGCUGAAGUCGUUGGGCGGAAGGUUUUCCCAACUAAAAUCCAUGAUUCUGGUUCGAGGCGCCUUUAUCCACCUAAUCAACCCUCUGUGCCCGAGGGUGGUCUCUCAGCUCAAUCAUAUCGAUCUGGCAACCUGAAUUUGGGAAAUAAUCAUCGACAUGAGGCCAUUGAUACAGAACCAGAGGAUAUAAAAUAUACUGCGUCUGUUGAGGUCCAGUUUACGGAAGUUGAUUCGGAUGACGACGAUGAUUCCGAUGAUGACUCGAACGAUGAUUCAGAAUGA